GACACCUAUCCGGGGCGACAUUUGGAUCGUCCUUUUUCCUUAGUAUGUGUCUCUGUGCAAAACAAGUACAGGAGCAAUGGCCUCAGCUUCACGUUCGUCUACAACCCCAACCGGCGGCAGUGCCAGCGCCGGAAAAGGGUCAGCAAGGGAAAGCACAGUCAAAGCCACGAUGGCCGAUCAAAUAUCCCAGUCCGUUCAAUCCACCUCCAAUCUCCUUCACCUCAUGCAACAAUCCUCUCCUUCCCAUGCUCAGCUAACAAAGCUCCCAAAAAACCUUUUGGCAAAAACCUCUACAAUCAAGAACACAGGGCAGCUAUUGGAGCAGAUGCCAAGGGUAAUUUCAUCCUUGGAUGCACACAUAGAAAGUGGAUUGCAGAGUGUUCCACAUCUCAAGACUGUCAUCCAGUUGCUUGCAAACAUGGAGAGCUGCCAGCUUAAUCCUAUGUCAGAAGCUCAUCUCCCUGAAAAGGAGCCCAAACUAACAAGCCAACCCUCAGAGCCAAGCUAGCAGACCAACCUCCGGAUCCAUCCUGUUGAAGGCCUAAAAUAGCAGCAAGUAGGUGAAGACUGAAGACAUACAAUUUGGUCAUGCCAAACUCAUAUAAUUCACUCAGGUAACUCCAGGCCUCCUAAGCAUUGUCGAUUAUUGCACCAACUCCUUGUACAUUGAACAUAGCAAGAGAACAUCCCAUCAUCCUGCCGCUUUCAAGCGUGUGAAACAUGAUUAGCUUUUUCCUUUUUAGAGUACGGGCAGAACCUAAUCUAAGUGUAAACAGAUCAUCUUAUUAAUUCAAGGUCUAUCCUCUUAAACACUCUCAAA